UCAGAAAACGCCUCUUCUGAAGGGCCCAAGACCUCGUUCCUGGACUCCUUCCUCAACAAGAGCGGCCUGGGGAAGGUGAUGGGAGGAAGGAAGAAGAAAGAGCAGAACACAGCCACAGGAGGAGGAGGAGAGGAGAACGCCGCUGAAGGAGGGGAGAAAGAGGGGGAGAAAGGGGAGGAUGCUGCAGCAGCUGAGGUCGGAGCAGAGGGAGGUGCAGGAGGAGAGGUGGAGAUAGAGAAAGCUCCAGAAAACGAAGACAAGGAUGAGGAAAAGAAAGCAGAGAAGGGCAAACCGCUGGAGGCUAAAUCCACGGUUCGAGAUCUUAUCCGGAAACCGGUGGCGAGGAUCUUCUCCCAUCGCAGCACCGAGAAGAAGGACGGCGCUGCCGCAGAACCCCAGAAACAAGUAAAAGUCCGGUCCAAGUCCCUGGACCGGCUGGAAGAUCCUGAAGCACUUAACACCACUGCAGACUCCACCAUAGAGGAGGGAGGAGCGGCAGGAGGAGUGGAGGGAGGAGCAGAGGGAGAGCAGAAAGCCUCGUCCUCCACGGCAGCCACCAAGCACAUGAAGCGCUGGCACUCCUUCAAGAAGCUGAUGGCUCAGAAGGCACACAAGAAGAGCGGGGGAGGAGGAGAGGACGGGAAGGAGGAGGGAGCAGAGGGAGGAGAAGGAGGCGGUGGAGACUCCUCCACGCUGGACUCCAAGGAGUCAGGGCAGAAGAGAUGGAAGCUGAAACGCUCCUGGACCUUCCAAGGCCUGAAGAGGGACCCGUCCAUGGUCGGCAUCAGUGGCAAGGCCAAGACCCCUGACUCUGCUGACAACGCAAAGCCAGAGGAAGCUGCAACAGCAGGAGUAGAUGAGGGAGGAGAGGAGGCUAAGGCAGAGGGAGGAGCAGAGGACGCCAAGACAGAGGGAGGCGAGGACAAGGAG